UCCAAUCCAAUUCAAUUCAUGAACUUUGGUAAAGGGUAGGAGGAAGUUUUGUCGCCCUUAUCUUCUGGUCACCGUUGAAUCUUGUCCCAUCUGCGAAGAGUGGUCGACGAGCUGUGCGAUCCUUCGAAAAAGGACACUGCAGCCUGCUACUGUCACAUCCACGGCCCUUUCCCCGAGAAGCGUGUUACAAGUUAGAAGUUAGAAGUGAUGGCUGGCAGCACUUCGGCGGGUAUCUCGCUGGCCGGACGCCUUGCGCUGGUCACCGGUGGCGGCAGCGGCAUUGGAAGGGCGGUCUGCAAGGCACUGUCCCAGGAAGGAGCUCGCAUCGUCGCCGCCGACAAAAACAAACAAGGCGCCGCGACAACCAUCCAAGAUCUCCCCGGUGCACACGAACAUCAUGCACUGGAGGUCGACGUAGGCUCCUCAGAUUCCGUGCAGACCUUGUUCGGGGACAUCAAGAAGCUUUACUCCGUCCCUGUCAGCGUCGUCGUAAACUGUGCCGGGAUCACCCGAGACAGCUUUCUCCUUGACAUGACUGAGGAGGCAUUCGACAGUGUUAACACAAUCAACCUCAAGGGCACCUACCUGGUGACGCAGGCCGCUGCACGCGAGAUGGUGUCACAGAAUGUCCAGGAGGGAUCCAUUGUGAACCUUUCGAGCAUCAUCGGCAAGACCGGCAACAUGGGUCAGAGCAACUACGCCGCCUCCAAGGCGGGAGUCGUGGGAUUCACCAAGACGGUUGCCCUCGAACUUGCGAGGCACAACAUCCGCUGCAAUGCGGUCAUGCCUGGCUUCAUCGACACUCCCAUGGUGGCCCAGGUGCCAGAAAGGGUCAUGGCCAAGUUGUUACCCUGCAUUCCCCUGGGGCGAAAAGGAACGCCGGAGGAAGUGGCUGAGGCCGUCCUGUUCCUCUGUUCACCAAGGAGCUCCUACGUGACGGGUUCCGUGUUGGAAGUCACCGGGGGAAUGUUCAUGUGAGGUCGCUCGGUCGGACGUAACCUUUUACCGACGUUGCCUUUGGGAAGAGGGGCUAGGAAAGGAAGACGACCCCUCGGAGUGGAUGCAUGUCUUGAGUUGUGUUGAAGACUGGUCCAAGGAUGGGGGUGACUCUUAUUUUUAAAAAAGGUUUCCCUGUUUAGAGAAUUCAGGAUGUCGGUCAAGUUAAUGUUGUGCAAGCCAUUAGUAAAAUCGCCCCAUUUGAACUCGGAAUGGUUAUAGGUAGGAUUCCGUGUUUUUGGAGAUUAUUUCUCGUGAAAUGCGGAGGGUGUUUUUCGAGUUUGUUUUUUUGCUAGGGAUUUGGGGUUAACCAUAGUUUAUUCUUGUUACAUUCCCAAUUCUUUGAAAUUCAAAGCUUAUUUUACUCAGUGAAAUAAAAAAAAAAAAUUCAGAAAUUUCAUGAACGAAAUAAAUAAGGUACCAUCACCGAUUGUCCUGAAGGAACCUUGACGUGCUAAAAGGGAAGCCCAUUUUGUCAGUAGUUAGAUUUCAAAGGAAACAUAAGUGAAAUCUCCUCGGGACCACUGAGUUUGUGCUCUUAUAAAGUUUAAUGGGGGGAAUCGGUGGCUGAGUGGGCUAGCUCACACCA